UUCCGAACAGGCGUGUUCCGGGCAGCUCUCCGGACUGUUUAGGUUCCUAUGGGAUCGGCUGGGUCCUGAACGUCGGGCAAGCGAGGGAUCCGGACUCUGGAAGAAGGGCUUGGAUUUAGGAGGGGAAUCCCACGCCGAUACCCGCCGGGGGUUUCUGUUCCCCUCGGUUGUACGGAGAGAGGAAGAGAAGGUGGGGCGACCCGGUCGGACUUGACACUGCGCGAAGGCCCCUUCAGGCAGCGCCGAGGGCAGCCCCGCAGCCGGGGCCUGGUGCAGCCGCCGCGGCCGCUGUCAGGGAAGCGGAGGCGGCCAAUGGAGCCCGGGAGCGGCUGCUGCUGCUGAGGCGGUGGUGGCGGCAGCCUAACCCCGACCACCCGUACCCCCUCCGCGGGGAGUCCCCCGGAGGAUCAACUCAGCCUUGAACUAAGAAGAAAAUACAUUGGGAAGAGGGGAGCCUCAGCUGGCUCAGGCUUCUCUGGGCAGAAGGGUGUUUCUGAAGGAUGGAGCCCGUUUUGAAGAAGUCUCUCUCAGAGUCCACUUGGUUGACUGCUCAGGAGCAACCCCUGGCAGGGGUGGACAGGCCUGGACACUGAAUGAGCUUGGACGCUCCAAGUCUGGCUGUGGCCAUGGGAGACACGGUAGUGGAGCCUGCCCCUCUGAAGCCAACUUCUGAGCCUGCUCCUAGCCCGCCUGGGAAUAAUGGGGGCUCCUUGCUAAGUGUCAUCACGGAGGGGGUCGGGGAGCUCUCGGUGAUUGACCCGGAGGUGGCCCAGAAGGCCUGCCAGGAGGUGCUGGAGAAAGUGAAGCUUUUGCAUGGAGGCGUGGCUGUCUCCAGCAGGGACACCCCGCUGGAGUUAGUCAAUGGGGACUGUGUGGACAGUGAGAUCCGUUGCCUCGAUGAUCCACCUGCCCGGAUCCAGGAGGAGGAAGAGGAGAUGGGGGCCACUGCGGCUUCUGGCACGGGCAAGGGAGCAAGAAGGCGGCGGCAGAACAACUCGGCCAAGCAGUCUUGGCUGCUGCGGCUGUUUGAGUCCAAACUGUUUGACAUCUCCAUGGCCAUCUCCUACCUGUAUAACUCCAAGGAGCCGGGAGUGCAGGCCUACAUCGGCAACCGGCUCUUCUGCUUCCGCAAUGAGGACGUGGACUUCUACUUGCCCCAGCUGCUCAACAUGUACAUCCACAUGGACGAGGACGUGGGCGAUGCCAUCAAGCCCUACAUCGUCCACCGCUGCCGCCAGAGCAUCAACUUUUCCCUCCAGUGCGCCCUGUUGCUCGGGGCUUACUCUUCAGACAUGCACAUUUCCACUCAACGACACUCCCGAGGGACCAAGCUACGGAAGCUGAUCCUCUCUGAUGAGCUGAAGCCAGCUCACCGAAAGAGGGAGCUGCCCUCUUUGAGCCCAGCCCCGGACACCGGGCUGUCUCCUUCUAAAAGGACUCACCAGCGCUCAAAGUCAGAUGCCACCGCCAGCAUAAGUCUCGGCAGCACCCUGAAACGAACAGCCAGCAACCCAAAAGUGGAAAAUGAAGAUGAGGAGCUCUCCUCCAGCACCGAGAGUAUUGAUAAUUCAUUCACUUCCCCCAUCAGACUGGCCCCUGAGCGAGAGUUCAUCAAGUCCCUGAUGGCAAUCGGCAAGCGGCUGGCCACGCUCCCCACCAAGGAGCAGAAGACCCAACGGCUGAUCUCGGAGCUCUCCCUGCUCAACCACAAGCUCCCUGCCCGAGUUUGGCUGCCCACUGCCAGCUUUGACCAUCACGUGGUCCGCGUGCCCCACACCCAGGCUGUUGUCCUCAACUCCAAGGACAAGGCUCCCUACCUGAUCUAUGUGGAAGUCCUUGAAUGUGAAAACUUUGACACCACCAGUGUCCCUGCCCGGAUCCCUGAGAACAGAAUUCGGAGCACACGGUCCGUGGAGAACCUGCCCGAGUGUGGGAUCACCCAUGAGCAGCGCGCAGGCAGUUUCAGCACCGUGCCCAACUACGACAACGAUGAUGAGGCCUGGUCGGUCGACGACAUAGGGGAGCUGCAGGUGGAGCUCCCUGAAGUGCACACCAACAGCUGUGACAACAUCUCCCAGUUCUCUGUGGACAGCAUCACCAGCCAGGAGAGCAAGGAGCCUGUGUUCAUUGCAGCAGGGGACAUCCGACGGCGCCUUUCAGAACAGCUGGCUCACACCCCCACCGCCUUCAAAAGGGACCCAGAAGACCCGUCGGCAGUGGCGCUCAAAGAGCCCUGGCAGGAGAAAGUACGGCGGAUUCGAGAGGGUUCUCCCUACGGGCAUCUCCCCAACUGGCGGCUCCUGUCGGUCAUUGUCAAGUGCGGGGACGACCUUCGGCAGGAGCUGCUGGCCUUCCAGGUGUUGAAGCAACUGCAGUCCAUUUGGGAGCAGGAGCGAGUGCCCCUUUGGAUCAAGCCAUACAAGAUUCUCGUGAUCUCGGCUGACAGUGGCAUGAUUGAGCCAGUGGUCAACGCUGUGUCCAUCCACCAAGUGAAGAAGCAGUCCCAGCUCUCCUUGCUCGAUUACUUCCUACACUGUCUCUUCCUUCCCUGUCCCCUCAGACACAAUGGGAACAUCCUUUUGGACGCAGAAGGCCACAUCAUCCACAUCGACUUUGGCUUCAUCCUGUCCAGCUCACCCCGAAACCUGGGCUUUGAAACCUCAGCCUUUAAGCUGACCACAGAGUUUGUGGAUGUGAUGGGUGGCUUGGAUGGGGACAUGUUCAACUACUACAAGAUGCUGAUGCUGCAGGGACUGAUUGCUGCCCGGAAACACAUGGACAAAGUCGUGCAGAUUGUGGAGAUCAUGCAGCAAGGUUGUCGCCGUUGCUCAGGAGCAUCCCCGUCUGGCCCCGUGAGGACGGUGGCUCAGGUCAUCUGUUCUCAGCUUCCCUGCUUCCAUGGCUCCAGCACCAUCCGCAACCUCAAAGAGCGGUUCCACAUGAGCAUGACCGAGGAGCAGCUCCAGCUGCUGGUGGAGCAGAUGGUGGACGGCAGCAUGCGCUCCAUCACCACCAAGCUCUAUGACGGCUUCCAGUACCUCACCAACGGCAUCAUGUGACACCCUCCUUCCCGGCCCACGAAUGGUGGGGGGAGAUCCAGGGGACACUCCCCUAGGGAGGCCCUUGGCUGAUAAACCCCAAACCAGGAAACCCCACCCACCCAACUAUCCAACCAAGGGACAUGGAAGGCAAGAGAUACAAAGGAUCAUGUGGUAACCACGAGAGCUUGCCAGGGGUGGGAGAGCUAGCCGUGGAGGCCAGACAUGCUGGGGCUCCCCAGCUGUGUCAGUAUUACCACCUGACAGACACCAGGACUUGCUGUCCUCCAGAAAACAGAGGUGGCGGAGGUGACGGGCUCGGGAGGCCUACUCCUCGUCAGAGUCUAAGAGGUUCUGUCCACGGGCCAUCCUCUUCCUCUGCUCCGGGUCCCUCCCAGCAGCAAGGAGAGCAGAUGCUUGGUACUUAGGACUUGAUCCUGUGGUUGGCCUUUGGCCAUGCUGCUGCCCGACUCUACCCCUCCCGGGGACUGACCCCUUGCCCUUGCUGACGGUCCCCAUCCCUGGGGUAAGGAAGGGAAUGACCACAACCCCUCUGAUGCAAGGGUCUUGGCCUAGCCAGGGGGAAUUCCCUGGUCUGAUCCCUUCCCCAACACCCAGGGAAACAGCUCUCAAUUUUUUUUUAUUUUUAAUUUUUGUUUCAAAUAAAGUCCUUAGUUAGCCA